AUGGCCGCACGGGUGGUUAUAAUUGAGCUCUGCUGCACCGAAAUAGUUUCUCUUUAUCUACGAUAUUCUAACCUAACUUAUUUUUUUCGAAAUGGCGUAAUAUUCAACGUUGAAGCGCUGUGUUUGUUUCAACGACUGUUGAAUGUUUGGGAUUGUUAGGAGUGUUAGAACUUUAAGUUUUAUUAAUAAGAUUAAGAUUCAUAAAAAGUUGCACGUAUCGCCCCCUUUUAAUAUGGAGGGUAAAGUAAAUCAAGAGGAGUUAAAGAAGAAGCUAACACCCUUACAAUACCACGUCACCCAAGAGAAGGGUACGGAACGGCCAUUUACAGGUUGUUAUGACAAAACAUUUAAUGAAGGAACCUACGUGUGCAUAGUAUGUGAGCAACCGUUAUUCGAUUCCUCUACCAAGUAUGAUUCUGGGUGCGGAUGGCCGGCUUUUAACGACGUGCUCGAUCAGGGCAAGGUUAAAUUAUCUGCAGAUACCAGUUUAGGUAAACGCACAUUAUUUGCCUCGUAUAAAAUCGUCAAUACUGUGGAUGAAAUUAAUCACUUAGGUAGGGUAAGAACAGAAGUGAUGUGUGCGAGCUGCGAUGCCCAUUUGGGGCACGUGUUCGGAGACGGACCGCCGCCAACAAGGAAGAGGUUUUGCAUAAACUCGGCUUCGAUAAAUUUUAUUCCAAAGGAAAAGUAGGAUAAGUCUAUAGGGAAGUGUUAUUUAGUGUGUAAGAUGUUAUCUCCAUUUAAAUGGGUGUGGUUGGUUUUGGACAAUUCUUAAAAUAUUAUAUUAUUUUAAUAAAUU